AUAUAUAUUGGCUUCAUUGUGAAUAUUGUUAUAUUAUAUCAAUAUAUUAUAUCAACAGCAGUAAAUUUGAACCAUGAAAUUCCUGGCUGUAUUCGUUGCCGUGCUCGCCGUAGCCGCAGGCGCACGCCACAGGUGGACUCUGGGCGAACUGUCCGAGGCCCUCCAGAAUCCUACCACCAACCCCUCGCUGCUGCCCGCCCUCACUCAGGGACUUAACGCUUACAUGGAAGCCAUCUUCUCUGGUCUCGACUAUGAAUACAUCUACAUCGGUACUGCCGCCAUUGAUCUAUCCAGUUGGUCUCUGCAAGAGCUUUCUACCGCUAUAGAGAACCCCGAGACCAACCCUGCUCUCGUGCCUUACCUUAAGGAUGCCUUGAACGCCUUGAUGGAGGGUCUUUAUUCCGGAUCUGCUCAGCCUACCUAUGCCGUUGUCAUCCCCGCCAGAGACCUCUCUUACUGGAGACUGAACGAGCUCUCCAAUGCUUUGUUGAGCCCUGAGCUCAGCCAUGACGUGGCUCCCUACUUGAUUGAAGGUCUCAACACUCUCAUGGCAGCUAACUUUGCUGGCAUUGAUGCGACAUCGAUUGUUCUGGCUAUUCCCUUGGACGCCCUGCCCACUGAAGCCUCUGCUUCCCUCCCCGAGGCUGUCGUAGAGCUCACACCUGUCAAAGCCCUCGCUGCCAAGCUAUUGAACAGUAAAGCUGAAACCAUGAAAUUCCUGGCUGUAUUCGUUGCCGUGCUCGCCGUAGCCGCAGGCGCACGCCACAGGUGGACUCUGGGCGAGCUGUCCGAGGCCCUCCAGAAUCCUACCACCAACCCCUCGCUGCUGCCUGCCCUCACCCAGGGGCUUAACGCUUACAUGGAAGCCAUCUUCUCUGGUCUCGACUAUGAAUACAUCUACAUCGGUACUGCCGCAAUUGAUCUGUCCAGCUGGUCUCUGCAAGAGCUUUCCACCGCUAUAGAGAACCCCGAGACCGACCCUGCUCUCGUGCCUUACCUCAAGGAUGCCUUGAACGCCUUGAUGGAGGGUCUUUACACCGGAUCUCCUCAGCCUGCCUACUCCGUCGUCAUCCCCGCCAGAGACCUCUCCUACUGGAGACUGAAUGAGCUGUCCAAUGCUUUGUCGAGCCCUGAGCUCAGCCACGAUGUGGCUCCCUAUCUGAUUGAAGGACUCAACACUCUCAUGGCAGCUAACUUCGCUGGUAUUGACGCGACAUCUAUAGUUUUGGCUAUUCCCUUGGAUACUCUGCCCACUGAAGCCUCCGUUUCACUCCCCGAGGCUGUUGUAGAGCUUGCACCUGUCAAGGCUAAGUUGGCUGCUAGUCUGAAAUCACUCUCGACCCCGUCCUCGACAUCUAAAGUCUUACUUAAUGAAAUAAAUAAUUGAAUAUUUAAUAUAUAUU